AUGGUGAAUUUGUGCAACCUUUAGAUUUUGAAAGUAAUGAAAAAAAUUCUCAUUCUUUAUUUCAAAGUCAAAGUCAGGCUUCUUUACCGCUAAAGAUUUCAAAAAAGCAAAAAUUGAAUAAUUUAGUAGCACAGCCAAUAUAUACAUAUGAUCAGGAGCAAUUUAACCAGUCAAUUCUUUAUGCUACAAUAUCAACUGGAGUUGCUUUUAGAUGG